AUGCAGCAUGCCGAGAUCGACCACCAGAAACUCAUGCAGACCGUCUUCAGAGUUCCACUAAAGUCGGCUCCUCGAGAUCUUGGUAUAUCGCCCACCACCAAGACCGCCUUUCAUGCCAGAAAGUCCCACAAAAAGUCGCGUACGGGGUGCAAGACGUGUAAGCAGCGCCGAAUCAAGUGUGACGAAAACAAGGAUGGCGGAUGCCUGAAGUGCCAAAGCCACGGCCUGGACUGUGACUACAACAGAGACCAAUUGUCCAUCAAGGGUAACCUUAUUUUGCCUAGAGGUGAGGAACACGGUCUUCUGUCUAGUGGAUCAAAUGAUUCGUCUGCCGGCGCUCUCGUCAAGAUCAACCAUAUGAGGUCGUUGACUCCUCUCCGCCCAGGACUUAAUCCGAUAUUCCCUUGCACAGACGAGCUACCAGACCGGAUGACACCGAUUUUUCAAACUCUCCAUCAUUUCGAUACGGUUACCUAUUGCUCUAUGGGAUCAGACAUGGGGCAACAGAUCAUUCGGUACAGCAUGUACAAUAUCGUCCUGGAAAAGCCAUAUCUGAUGCACGCUAUUAACGGAAUCUCGGCGGCUCAUCUUUGUCAUCUUCUUCCUGCCGCUCAACACCCUAUCCAACACAAACAGAACAAGCUGGCGGACGCAUAUCACUGGCAAAAAGCCUUGCGACUAUUUCGCAACGAAAUCGCUUCUGGUGCCAACAAGCAGAACAUGGACGCUCUUCUUUCCACGAUUAUGCUGAUCUGCGUCCACCAGUUCAUGCUUGCCGAUCCCAUGCCAGAUCCCAGCAAAAGUUUUGUAUACGCACCGUCAGAGAAAAGAGACGAGUAUAUGAAAUGGCUGACCAUCCAACAUGGAUUCCAAGCCUUGUGGUUGGAGUUGGGAGAGACUCUAUGGGAGUCGAUUUGGAGCCCGGUGUUGAGGGAUUCAGACUUGAAACCAGUCGCACCACUUUUCUUAGACGUUCCGGAAGGAGAUGAAGAGCAUGCAUUGUUUCUUGAACUAUGUGAGGUGACCAAGGAAACGUCACGCGAAGAGAACCCCUUUUACACGCCUCUGGAAUACUUGCUCUUCUUGCGCCUGUUGCGGCCAAGCAUGAAUAUCUUUAACAAACUAAUCACAUUCGUGGGGGUGAUCGACGACAGAUUCUACAAUCUCUUGCGAAUACGUGAGAAGCGGGCACUGAUCAUUCUAGCUCACUGGCUGGCUAGAAUGAGUGAGAUUCAACAAUGGUGGAUAAGUGGAAGAAGCAGGACGGAAUGUAUUGCCAUCAUCACAUUUCUGAUGUAUGAUCAAGACGAAAGAAUCAGGAGAUUAUUAGCAUAUCCUGCGAAAUCGGUGGGCCUUCCAUUGGUCUGA